GGUAGAAGAGACAUGGAGGCGUCCACUGUGCUUCCCUGCAAGGGGUGUACCCCUUGGCAGAGCCUCCUGCUCACAGCCUCCCUCUUAACCUGCUGGCUCCUGCCCACCACUGCCCAAGUCACCAUCGAAUCCUUACCGCCCCAAGUGGUUGAAGGAGAAAAUGUUCUUCUACGUGUUGACAAUCUGCCAGAGAAUCUUCUAGCCUUUGUCUGGUACAGAGGGGUGACAAAUAUGAGUCUCGGAAUUGCACUGUAUUCACUGAAGUACAGUGUAAUUGUGACGGGGCCCGUGCACAGUGGUAGAGAGACAUUGUACAGCAACGGGUCCCUGUGGAUCCACAAUGUCACCCAGAAGGACACAGGAUUCUACACCCUACGAACCAUAAGUAAACGUGGAGAAAUUGUAUCAAACACAACAAUACACCUUAAAGUGUACUUCUCCAGUUUGACCUGUGGACGCCCUCCCACCUCUGCUCAGCUCAGUAUCGAAUCAGUGCCACCCAGCGUUGCUAAAGGAGAAAGCGUUCUUCUCCUCGUUCACAACCUUCCAGAGAAUCUUCGAUCUAUUUUCUGGUACAAAGGGGCAAUUGUGUUCAAGAAUCACGAGGUUGCGAGAUAUGUAGUAGGCAAGAAUUCAAGUGUGCCGGGCCCUGCUCACAGCGGUAGAGAGACAAUGUAUAGCAAUGGAUCCCUCCUGCUUCAGAACGUCACUCGGAAUGGUGCUGGAUUCUACACCCUACGCACCCUGAGUACAGAUCUGAAAGCUGAAGUAGCGCAUGUGCAACUCCACGUGGACACCUGUCUUUUGAUCUAUGCGCGCCCUCCCACCUCUGCCCAGCUCACUGCUGAAUCAGUGCCGCCCAGUGUUGCAGAAGGGGCAAGCGCUCUUCUCCUUGUUCACAACCUUCCAGAGAAUCUUCAGGCCAUUUUCUGGUACAAAGGAGUGAUUUUGUUCAAGGACCUUGAGGUUGCACGAUACGUAAUAGCCAAGAAUUCAAGUGUGCCGGGCCCUGCUCACAGCGGUAGAGAGACAAUGUAUAGCAAUGGAUCCCUCCUGCUUCAGAACGUCACUUGGAAUGAUACUGGAUUCUACACCCUACGAACCCUGAGUACAGAUCUGAGAACUAAAGUAGCACAUGUACACCUUCAGGUGGAUGCCUCCCUUUUCACAUGCUGUGACGGUCUCAAGUCUGCCCCACUCAUGAUCCAUCCAGUGCCACCGAGUGUUGCUAAAGGGGAAAGUGUUCUUCUCCAAGUUCACAAUCUGCCAGAAAAUCUGCGGAUGUUUUCCUGGUUCAGAUCCAUGUAUACCACCCAGAUGUUUAAAAUAGCAGAGUAUAGCAGAAUCCUUAAUUACGUCAUCAGGGGGCCUGCACACAGCAGAAGAGAGACAGUGUACACCAACGGAUCCCUGCUGCUCCAGGAUGCCACUGAGAAAGACUCAGGCGUGUACACACUACAGAUGAUAGACAGAAAUUUCAAAAUUGAAACGGCACACGUGAAAGUCCAGAUAAAUACCUGUGUUCACCCUUCCGCCACUGGCCAGCUCGUUAUUGAAUCAGUGCCACCCAGUGUUGUUGAAGGGAGCGAUCUUCUCCUACUUGCUCAUAAUAUGCCAGAGAACCUUCGAUCCUUUUCCUGGUACAAAGGUGUAGCCACUGUCAGCAGACAUGAAAUUUCACGGAACAUAAUAACCAGUAAUAGAAGCACGCUGGGCCCUGCAUACAGUGGUAGAGAGACAGUGUAUCCCAAUGGGUCUCUUCUGCUCCACAAUGCCACCCAGAAGGAUGCUGGAUUAUACACCUUACUAACCUCAAACAGACGGUUCGAAACUCAAGGAGUACACGUGCACCUCCAUAUAUACCAGCCUGUGACACAGCCCUUCAUCCGAGUCACUGAUGCCACAGUCAGAGUGCAGAGCUCGGUGGUCCUUACCUGCUUCUCAGCAGACACUGGAAUCUCCACCCAGUGGCUCUUCAACAACCAGAAUCUGCGGCUCACAGAGAGGAUGACACUGUCUCCGUCAAAGUGCCAACUCAGCAUAGAUCCUGUCAGGAAGGAGGAUGCUGGAGAGUAUCGGUGUGAGGUCUCCAACCCAGUCAGUUCACAGACCAGUCUCCCAGUCAGCCUGGCCGUGGUGACUGAGUGA